CCAAGGCAUAAGCGGAUAGAGAUCUCCACCCCCUCUUCCAGAUCACAAACGUUCUGUUGUAGCGUAGAUAGAUCCACUAAAUUAUCUGGAAAGGUGGGGAGUCCAUCGCUAUACGCUUGCUGGGAGUUCAAGUGGGUGCGUGGAGCAGUGGAAAUGUGCAAUACAUGUAUAACUGCGGCCUGAUGGUUCAUUCGAUCGUCAUCCGUCUGAAGUCUCCAAUGCAUGCGACCACAGCGAAGAUAGUGUAAGCUCUCGCAUGUACGAGCUCUUCGUGUGGCUGUUCGGAGCGCGAGCUGUUGGAAGCCAUUGCCUGGCUGCACUGCGCGCGGGACCUCGGUGCUGAUUCUUGCACAGAGUCAAGCCUCCUCUCGCGACCCGAGGUGACGCUGGCUACCGCCCCAUCCGGAACGGAAGCUGGCGGCCACCACAACGCCUACAAACUGUAUGCGGUGUCCCCGAAAGUGGAGCCUGGAGGUGUGAGUGUAAAGCUACGCGGUGGAUAUUCCACUUUACGGCACGAUAAUUAUCACAUCUGUUGCCCCACCCGCGCACUAGGUGUACAUGUAUCACUACUACUAGUACUGCACUAGAGCUGCUUUGACUUGAGCAGCCUUGAUCCAGUCAGUCAGUGCCAGGGCAGCGAGGCAGCGACGCAUUGCUGGACGACUUCAUUGAAAAGUGUUUGGGCGCGUGCAGUCAGUGCUAGCCGCUCAGGCGGUGUGGGAUGGUCUACUGUGAGCUCAGCAGAGUCCGUCAGUGCAGUGUGUCAUCGUGUACUGAGCAACAUCCUGCAUGACCUUGCCCACAACAACAGCCAAUAGCCAGUGUAUGAUCUGCUUGGCCAUUUCCCAUUCGCAUACACACAUUGAUCAUCAAUCUCGGUCCCACACACUUCCUGCUAUCCACCUGUGCCACACACACCACUGUUACGUACAUACCAACAGUGCACUAGUGCUAGCCACAGAGCAAGUUGAAGACCUCUUCUCCUAACCUUCACAUGUCCAAACAUCACCCAACGCAUACAUACCUGCUAUACUGCCACUGCCAACUAACCCAACAACGUUGCCGCACGGGAUAGCGAUAGGCAUCACUAGCAGCUGUACCAGACAGCAGUACUGAGUAGCAGUCAUGGCCGAAACGCGUGUGGAUAGAGAGCGGCUGAGGCAGGAGAUUGAGGACUUCAAUGUGCGCAACCAGCUGCAGCUAUUCCGACUGGAGCUCACAAAGGGUUUGGAGUUCAGCGGUAACCUGAGGUUCUACCUGCGCAGCAAUGGACAGGAGGUGGCUAAGGUGGUACGUCUCACUAGCAACACCACAACAACGGAGCUUGUCCCGGUGCUGGUGGAGAAGUAUACGGCCUACAUUGGUGCAGAUACUCGACAUCCGGAGCUGUUCAACGUCAUCAUGAAGAUUGGCGACGGCAACGGAGAGGAGCGACACUUGCGUGGCAAUGAGUGUCCCCUGCAGCUGACACUGGUCAAUGGCUCAGCACCACGGUUCAUCCUACAGCGCAGUGAGGCGCAGCGCCUGGUCAAGACAGUCGGCACCUUCAAUUCUCCGCAGCACAGCCGAGAUAGCUUGAACAGCAUUGGCUCGGGUUUCAGCGGCACAGGUGACCGAUCCAUAGCGGCUAGCUCACCGGCAUUCAACAUGUCACACGCCAGCCGCAGCCAGUCGAGUCUCAACGACUCCGACUCGUGUAGCGACGCCGCCAGCGGUGCUAUGGUGUCACCUGACCUGGCACCUCCAUCACCGGUUGGCACGCCAACCAAGUCGCCCGGGCGACGCCUCAUCACGUCGUUCCGCAACACCGUGCUCCGGGACAAGAAGAAGUCAACGUCAUCGUCGCUGACUUCGCCGCGCCCAUCGUCUCCGCGCAAGGGUGCCACCCUGCCGCCGCGCGUAACUCGCCAGGAUAGUCGCCGUGACAGCGUGGAUAGCAUGGGCAAUCUGGUGCGUAUCUACAGUGGAGCGGCGUUGCUGGAGCAGUUCAACUCCGACUACAAGUCCGUAGUGAUCACGGAGUUCACCACAGCCCGCCAGACCAUACAGGCGGCUCUGCUUCGUUAUCACCUUGAGCAAGAGGACUCGUCGGAUUUCGUACUGUGUGAUACAGUUGGUCGCCUGGAGGCGUACAGUCAGCUGACAGGACGCUCGCUGGAUCGGGUCGUUCAGACGGACGAGCAGGACGCGGACAUUGCGUAUCGCUUUGUCGUGCACUACCUGCGUCUUGUGCACCCGAAUGAGCAUCCUCUACUCCUGCAGCAGAACUGGCAGCCAACUCUGGACUGCGAGCAGCGGUUCAUACUGCACCCACGGCGCUCCGUCCCGUCGUUCCGCCCCUCAUCGCCCCUGGGUACAACCAUGCCAGUGUUGUCCACGUCAUCGCGUGCUAGUAGCAUGGACGGCGGGCUGGCAGCCACAACCAUGGCAACGCCCGACGACAGCGUGUUGCUAUGCGACGAUGAUGAACCGGUGCGCUUGACCUUGACGCAGCACUACUCGGCGCGCACUGGGCAGUUGUCAUUCAAGGGUAUUCUCACCAACAAUAUCCGCGUGCCGUUCCUGGUGACGCUCACGUGUUCGCGUCCCGACGAAAGUCUCCUCGUGUAUCCGCUGAUGGACAAGGUCACGACCAUCGGUCGCUGGAACGAGUCUCAGUUCUCGACAGCGACUAGUGUUAGUAUCCCGCUGCACAGUGAUGAUCUGGAGACCGUGCACUGUCAGAUACGCUGCACGGAGAUGAGUGUUAGCGGCGGCGAGACACGGCACAGCUAUACCGUGGAGCCGGUGGACGACGGUGGUGUGGUCGCUGUCAAUGGACGUCGUCUGUCGCACAUGCAGAAGCUGAGCAACGGAGAUCUGCUGCAGAUCGGCAGCUACCACGCGUUCGUUUUCCGUGAUCCUAACAUGCACUCGUCUGCGGCUCGAUGGCCAUGGCUGCCUUCACUGGGUGAUGGGAAUGAUGCAAGCUCUGGUCAAGCCGCUGACCUUGAUACAACUAUUGUCAGCAGUGGCACCGGCGGCAGCAGCAGGAACACCGAGGGCAUACCUACAAGCAGCACUGGUAAUGGUGAUGAUGACCAAGAGCUGCCGGACGACGCGUUCCGCCAUCACCCGGAGGGCUGUGAAACGCCGGAUAUUCCCAUCACCCAUCUAGCACGCCUGUCUGUCGAGGGUGCAGAUCAGCAGCAGCAGCACGCAGUGGUCAGCAAGCCAUCGGUCACGUCGGAUUCUGACCAUGAAGAAGUACAGCAGCAGAAACAACAGCACCAGCAGCGACAGCAACCUCAGCAACCUCAGCAGCAGCAGCAACCUCAGCAACAAGAUGACAUGCCGGUGGACACUGAAGAGUCAAGUGCGGAUACCAUUGCAGCAGGCAGUCUUCUUGCAAAUUCCCCAGGCGAGUCUCCUAAGCGCCGGAAGAACGGGGUCAAUCAGUUACCCAAGCUUGACUCCAACACUCCAAGCCCAUCGCCAUUAUCUGCAUCUUCAUCCUCACCAUCACCAUCAGCAUCAUCUCCACCAAAGCAAACUCCUGUUGGUAAGCAACACCGAACUGUUCAGCAGCGUGCACACAAGCACAGCCCGACGACAAGCCGCAAUGUGGAUGACAGCAGCAGCAGCGGGGGUGGUGCAUCACAUAAGAGGAGUCCGCUGGCCUCCACCAGCACACCGUCGCAGGUAACACCGGCCACGCAAGUGACACAGGCGGUGGCCGGGGAGGACGACAAUCGGCGGCGACUGCGUUUCCGCUACAGCCAGCUGUCUCUACUGAAACACGGUGCCGGAGAUCUGCUAGCCGAUCAGUUUAGCUUCACGCUGACUUCGGAACGCCACGAGGAUAAGUUCCUCUCGCUGGUUCUCGGCUCUCUCUCGUUGCAGUCGAUUGAGACGCCACUGGCACCAGCUGUAGCCGUGUCCCUUGCUCUACAGCAGCUGCACAAGGCCACCGAGGGACAGGACAAUGUGGCAAUCAGUCGCUUUGUCAACAAGCUGGCCGAGGAAAUACAGGAGGUGGUGUGGCAAAGCACCAGCAGGCUUGACAGGUUCAAGGACAGCUUCACAUCUGAGGGUGAUUCUCUGCAGCUGCUCCAGCCCAUACUACCGGCACUGCAGGAUCUGAUUACCUGGCUCUCAAACACAUUGGAGAUUCUUCACGUUGUGCACCAGCUGCUGCGCUUGCGAGGCGUCGAGGUGGGUAAGCUGAGUGCCGGCCCACCUUCAUCGCAGCCAACACACGGUGCAGAAGCACUGGAGAGCCUUGCUCUACUCCAGGAAGUUGUCGUCUUUGCCUUUCAGCAGGUUCUCUACCCAGCCACAAAGCUUAUGUACGUCCUGUUGCCGUCAAUUCUGGACGAGAACCCGUUUGAAAUCGCCGAUCGUCGACAGAAGAUGGCAAAGACAAUGACUAGAGAUGAUUACAUAUCGAUGAGUCAAGUUGCACGGCUGAACGAGUUGCUACGCACGAUCAUGGACUCCCUGUACGCAUCACAGCUGCAUCCCAACAUCAGCUAUCAGCUGUUAUCUAACCUUCUGUUCUUCACCAACACCUCACUCUUCAACACUAUGAUGGAGGAAGCAAGUUUCUACAGCUGGUCAAAGGGCAUGGAGAUCCGUGCAAACCUUGACGUGUUGGAGAGCUGGACUGGAGAGCAGCCUGUGGAAGUGCGCGAGGCCCUCAGGCAUCUAGUUCAACUUUCACUGGCUGCAGAUCUACUCUCGGUUCCUCCUGAACAACUCCUGGCGGGAUCGUGGACAAGCCUGCGCAGGGAAUUCCCCCACCUGGACCCUGCUCAGCUGCAUCAGCUCUUGCAGCACUAUCAGUUACCGGAGAGUUGUGAGAGACCACCACAGUGGACACCAACUGCUGAUGAGAGGAACAUGGCAAGGAAUGACAGGAAUAUCCUGAUCAGCUUUGCAUCUCAUCCACCAUUGCGCAUCCCCAACUCCAAGUACACAUUGGCCUUGAUGGGUCUGCCGUCCAGCAAAGAAGUGACGUCAUUCCUGAACACGGUGUGUGAAAGUAUGACGUCGGCAGGUCUUAGCAUGGGUAGGCCGCUAAGCAGCACGGCCACAAUAUCACCAGUCUAUGGAAGCAAUGCCAAGGCAGAACGUACUCCGCCCGUCGGUGGUGACUCGCCGGAGCUGAGACUUGCGCCGCCGCGGAAGAGAAGCUCAGACGGCAACGCCCCAGCUGGGCUACACAAAGCAGGAGGCGGUGGCGAUGCUGGUGGUUCGCAAUCCCUACGACACGAUGCCGAUGACGACGACGAGUCCAUUGGUAUUGGUGGCAGUAACGGAGGAAUGGCAAAUGAUCUUGAUUUACGUCCCGGCACCGAGGACCAUCUCUCCAUGCACAGCAGUGGCAGCAGUCUGAGCAGUGUGAGUAGCGCUGGUAGUGCAGAGUACUUAUCCUACUCGUUAGGAUCCCUGGAAGCCAUCGAGGAGGCCGAUGAACCCAUCACUGGGCAGAACACGCCAGCCAUGUCACGCAAGACCACCGAACUCGCACUCUCCAAGACGGGAGCAGCAGCAUCGUCGGCGUCCCUUCAACAGAGCAACUCGUCGUCAUCGCUUGGCAAUCCUCUGGGAGCCACCGACAAGCCACCCAGGCCUGCUGCACUGUUACCGAGCACACAGCCAGUGAGUGCUGGUAGUGCCAAUGCCAAUGCUACUACCAGUGCCAAUGCUACUACCAGUGCCACUACCAGUGCCACUACCAGUGCCACUACCGACACACCACUCGGCAGAAAGGUAACGCAGACUGACAUACCGAAGAUGAUUCCGUCGCCGCAGGUUCGACGAGCACUUCUCGUGCAGACGGCACCGAAUGACAGCGAGUCCGCAAAGGAACCAACCACACUGGGCAGCGACACAGCCACUCACACAGCCAUCCACACUAGCGAUGUGCGAAUAGAAAAGCGGCCACGACCGAUAUCGGCGACAGCGGAGACCAUCGGGACCGCAGCGCCAUCACUACAACAUCACCAGCUUCCCUCUUCGUCUAGCAUGCCCGAGAUACAAGUAGCUGUCUCGCCACCGCCCGAGACCGUCUUUGACGCCAUGAGCGACGCAGUGGAAGCGGAGCGGCAUAGUCGCGAGGAUGCGUUUCAUCGUCGCCUUGAAGUCAGUCAGUACAGCGCCAGUGUGAGGUCACUGCAUGAUGCAGAUGUAGACAAUCUCAUGAUGAAGGCCGUACAACUGCUGGAGAGUGACGUGUCCAGUUCGGGGAGCGAAAGCAGUCUAAAUGACCCACCAGCACCGUCACCAAUAGCACUAACACAGAAAUCAUCACAAACGUCUCUUUCUCCAUCAUCAGCACUAAGACCGCUUCCCAGCUCUACCAGGCAUCAUCAUUCCCGAACGAAAACCAAGAAGCCCAUGGCACAACCAGUGCCUAACAGUGAUGUAGUUACGGUAAUGCUGACCAAAGGUGAUGGUGGUCUUGGUCUGGGAGUGGUAGAUGGCAAGUUGCUUGGAGUGGAGCCUGGUGUGUACAUUUCCAGUCUAGUGCCAGGAUUGGCUGCUCAGAAGUGUGGCCAGCUGCAACCCGGUGACAGAAUACUGGCCAUCAACGGUUCUAACAUGAUGGGCUCCACACAGGACGAGGCAUAUCAGAUACUCCGGAACAGUGGUAGCCGUGUCACUAUCGUGGCAGCCCGCGACGAGCAAGUCAACCUGAUGGUGUCCGCAACCAGUUGCUAGGCGGUGGCAUCUAGUCGACCCGCGGAGCGGAGUGCCACGGCAUGCAGAGCUACAGUUGUGUGCACUGCAGUUGCAAGCUGUCCUGCACCAUGCACCAUCGGUGAUUACUCCAGCACACACCCAAAUGCACACCUUUGACCUUUGACGCCCAUCGCCACUGAGAGGCGAUGACAGCCAUGCUACAACAGCAGAUGUCAUGGCAACUUGUGCUGUGGGAUUGCACCCUUCAACAGCUGAAGAAUUGACCGCUACUAUCCAACCUGGUCUACGCCACCCAGCUCUUUGCUUUGCACACACGCAUAGAGACACACAUACACGGACGGACGCAUGCACUUUCUGCCUUGAGAUCAGAUCUGUAUUCUUGAGUUUGUAAGCUAAGCUACGAGCUGGAUGACACCUUACUCGGUACAAGACCUGUCGCCAGCAGCGUUAGCAGUGGAAGUAGACAUAGCUCUGGUGACGAUAGCCUUCCUUCUUGAUCAUGCUCCUGCCAUGAUUCAUCUAACGCACCUCUCCCACUGUAGCUGCCCCCCCCCCCCCCCCCGUGAUCUCCAUUGCUCGCGCACAGAGUAGAUUCCUGUGCGCCCCAGUGAGAUCCAACGGACCACCACCACCAACCCCAUCCCACCCUGAAAAUGCUGAUUAUUACAAGUUCCUAUAUAGUGACUUAGUAGCAUAGCUGGGACAACAGCAAGAGCGUUCCUGUUUGCAGGCCCCAAACACAAAUAUUAUUAUUAUUAUGGAGUAGAGUACCCGUUUACGUAACCAGAUGUUAUCACGAUACAACUAGCUUGAUCCCUUCUUCUCUAUACACAAUAGAUGUAGUAUUUUGACAGACUACAACAGAGUACUCGGAGCAGAUUGUACACUAUAUCCAGCCAAUCUUCUUAACAUAUAUUAUUAUUAUAUUAUCGGCCACAUGUGUUGUCCAUGCAGCAUACACACCGUCAGGCUUGACUGAUCCAACAAGAACCGUAGUUAUACAACGUAGAAACG